AUGUUCCCCCUGUGUCGGACUUGCGCCUUUCUACAGUGUCAGUCUUCCUGUACCCACACAGACGACGAAAGAACUCUUGUCGGAACGUGGGUAUCGGAAGAAGUCAAGCUGGCGAUAAAGAAAGGUUACCGCGUCACAGAUAUUUACGAAGUGUAUCAUUUCAAAGAAUCGUCUAUUUCCCUGUUUCGUUCCUACUUUAAUCUCUUUCUGAAGAUCACACAGGAAAGUAGCGGAUGGCCUUCGGAGUGUGUGACGUCUGAAGACAAAUUAAGGUAUAUUCGCCAGUAUGAAGAAAGAGAGGGCGUCAAGUUGGACGAAAGAAAGAUUUCCAGGAACCCUGGACGUCGACAAGUUGCCAAGUUGGCCCUAAAACGUUUCUGGGGCAGAUGGGGUAUGAGCAUAAACAAAGGACAACUUACCUAUGUGCAUACGGUGCCAGACUAUAAUAAGAAUUUAAAUGAAUAUUUCUCAUUCCUUGCCUUGGUGAAAAAGAUUUUGCGUUAUAAAAACGACUGAAAGGUUUCGGUGAUGACUUCCUUUUGUAAAAAGUUUGCUUAAGCGAGUAUCACUUGCUAAUUCAGACAUUAAAUCGUCUAUGAUAAUUAAA